GGGUGGCGGCGGAGGAGGAUGGCGGAGCCGCGCCGGGUGCCGUUCAUCAGCCUGUCACCCGUGCGGCGCCGCGAGGGCGAGAGCCCGGCGCUGGAGCGGGAGCCGGCGGGCCGCGACCCGGAGCCGCCGCCGGCGGGCCGCGAGGCGCCGCCGCCGGAGCCGCCACCGAACGAGCCGCCCCGCGACAGCGCCGCCCGCCCGGAGCCGCCCCGCGACCCCGGCCGGCCCGAGCAGCCGCCGCAGCGGGAGCCCCCCCGGCCCGAGCCGCCGCCGCUGCCGCCGCCACCGCCGCGCCAGAGCGGGCGGCAGGAGCCGCCGCCGCCGCGGGAGGCGCUCCCGCUCCGCCAGACGGUCCGCCUGGAGGUGGUGCUGAAGGACCCCACCGAGGAGGGCUGCGUGGAGUUCAGCUACCCGGAGCUGCUGCUGUGCGGGGACUCGAGGAAGAAAUCAGUUCACUUGGAAGAUCCAUUUAAUGAUGAACAACGUGAGCGACAUGAAGUAGAAAUGCUUGCCAAGAAGUUUGAGGCAAAAUAUGGUGGGAAGCCUCACAAACAUCGGAAAGAUCGCCUGCAGGAUCUAAUCGAUAUAGGUUAUGGUUAUGAUGAAACGGACCCUUUCAUUGAUAAUUCUGAAGCGUAUGAUGAAUUGGUUCCUGCAUCCCUGACAACCAAAUAUGGAGGGUUUUAUAUCAACACUGGUACACUGCAGUUCCGACAGGCAUCUGAAUCAGAAGAUGAAGACUUUGCAGAAGACAAAAAACAUAGGCCACCUAAAAUAGCAAAGUUAAAAGAAAGUGAAGAUCGUGGAAUGAAGAAGCGCAAGCGGAAAGAGGAAGGGACAGAAAAGGAGAAGAAGCCUCGGAAAAUGAAAGUUCCUAAGCAGUUGGGAGUAAUGGCCUUAAAUUCACACAAGUCUGAGAAGAAGAAAAAGAAAUUGUAUAAAGACUCGCUUUCUCUGGCUGCCAUGAUCCGUAAAUUUCAAAAGGAGAAGGAAGCCAUGAGGAAGAAGGAAUCUAGUCCAAAACCUCCAGUGACUGUCGCAACCCCUACCCCUAGUAAAAUUCCUUCCUCCUCUCUCAGUGCAGGAAACGAUAUCUCUGACUUGAAUCUUAGGAUCAACGAUCCUGUCCUUUCCAUUUUUGGUAGCACAAAUGAACCUGAGCUCCUGCAAGAAACUGAAAGUGCCCUGGAGAUGCUGGGAGACAUUGACUUUGACAAGUUGCUUGAUGGCACUUCUGAUGGCAGCCCGGUAUCUGAGCUGUCAGGAGAAAAUGGAAAUGUCACUCAGGCAACCUACACCUCUCAGGUCAUGACACCCAAGCAGGUGCCUGCCCUCCCAGAAGGUCUGCCUGUGCUACUUGAAAAGCGCAUUGGAGACCUUCGAACAGCUGCCAAGAUGUUUGAUGAAGAAGGCAGGAAGAAGUUUUUCACGCAAGACAUGAAUAAUAUUCUUCUGGAUAUUGAGCUACAGUUACAGGAGGUAAAUCCUGCCAUCCGCAAUGGAGUGUACUCUCACCUGGAGGCUUUUGUGCCAUGCAAUAAGGACACACUGAUAAAGCGUCUGAAAAAGUUACACCUCAAUGUCCAGGAUGACCGCUUGAGAGAACCAUUGCAAAAGCUGAAACUGGCUGUCAGUAAUGUCAUGCCUGAACAGUUAUGCAAGUAUCAAGAGGACUGUCAGGCCCGCAAUCAAGCCAAGAAUGCCAAGUUGCAAACAGAAGAUGAACGAGAGAAAAAUGGAUCAGAGGAAGAUGAUGAUGAGAAACCCGGAAAGAGGGUUGUGGGACCCAGAAAGAAGUUUCAUUGGGAUGACACAGUGAGGUCUCUGUUGUGUAAUCUUGUCAAGAUCAAGCUGGGAUGCUAUGAGCUAGAGCCAAAUAGAAGUCAGUCUGCUGAAGAUUACCUCAAAACCUUUAUGGAAACAGAAGUGAAACCACUUUGGCCUAAAGGCUGGAUGCAGGCAAGGAUGCUUUUUAAAGAAAGCCGAAGUGUUCACAAUCACCUCACUUCUGCUCCGGCAAAGAAGAAGGUGAUUCUGGCCCCUAAACCCAAAGUGAAGGACUCCAGUCCAAAAAAAGAACAGAAGACCUGUAUGUCUUCAGUCAAUUCAAGUUGUGCUACUGUACUGAGUUCCAGCACACCUGUCUGCACCCCAGCCAGCUCUAGCUGCACACCAGCUCCAGAGACGAUCUGCUUGGAUGACUCACUGGAUGAAGACCUCUCUUUCCAUCCACCCUCACUUGACUCUAUUUCCGAUGCUCUGGCAGUUAUCAAUAAUGGUGCCAAGGGAUCACCUCUUGGGUCCACCAUAGACACACCAACAUCCAGACCUCGCCCUGGGCUGAGGGAAGAGAAACUAGCAAGCAUUAUGAGUAAGUUGCCUCUGGCAACUUCAAAGAAAGUAGAGCCCACUCAGACAUCCCAUUCAUCAAGUCUUAUUGCUGGUCACACAGGGCCAGUACCAAAGAAACCCCAGGACUUAGUUCACACUGGUAUCUCUUCAGGCCUUAUUGCUGGAUCUUCAAUUCAAAAUCCCAAGGUUUCCUUAGAGCCUUUGCCAGCCAAACUACUUCAGCAAGGACUACAGAGGUCAAGUCAGAUCCAAUCUGCUUCCUCUUCUUCUCAGACUCAUGUUUCUUCCUCUAAGACCCAAGCAGCUGUUUCCACCUCCUCUCAAAGAACCAAGGAUGCUAGUAUCUUGGUAUCAUCUUCUGAGACUCAAGGUGGUACUUCCUCAACAUCACAAGUGACAAAGGUGCACCAGCAUUCAGCUGUACAGCAGAAAUAUGUAACUCCUUUGCAAGCAACUAUUAGUAAAUCGCAGACCAAUCCUGUGGUGAAAUUGAGUAGUAAUCCCAAACUGUCUUGCUCAUCACCAAUCAUCAAGGCUCAAGAUAAGUCUGUAGUAUAUCGCCUGCCUUUGUCUAAUCCCUCAUCUGGAAGCAGCUCUCAAGUGUCUCACCCACUGGUUUCUCGGACAACAUCCAGCACCUCUACCUCUAGUAACUAUUUAGCCAAGGCUAUGGUGUCACAAGUUUCUUCCCAGGGUUUCAAGCCUCCCUUCUCCAUGGCUGCCUCUCCCAAACCUGCUGCCUCUCCCAAGCCCACUUCAUCUAAGCCCUCUGUGACACCCAAGCCCAAUGCAUCACCUAAAUUUUCAUCGAAGUCCACCUCAUCCCCCAGGCCUGCAACAACACCCAGUUCUUCCAGUUCAAGUGCACUAGUUUCCCAGAGUAGUCACUCCAGCAACAACCCCCUUCAUAAACAGACCAGUGGUGUAAAUAUCAGCAGGCAGUCUCCCACAGUGAAUUUGCUGUCCUCUAAUCGCACCUCAGGCCUUCAGCCUGCAAAGAACCCUCAGGCUUCUUCAAAAUUGCCCAACUCUUCUCCUUCUGGAACUGUUAGUAAAAAUAAUUUGGGUGGAGUUGGAAUGAAUGUACCUGCCAACAGAGGCAGUAACCUUAACUCAAGUGGAGCUAGUAGGACUAGUCUGUCUGGGGGAACAGGAAGUGGAACACAGGGUGCUACUAAACAAUUGUCAACUCCACACAGACCAUCUUCUGCCUCAGGGUCUCCAGUUGUAGCAGCCAGCGUGCAGUCAACAGCAGGAGCAUCGUUACUGGCUAACGCCUCACCUCUGACUCUCAUGGCAUCACCCCUGUCUGUAACCAGUCAGAAUGUGACGUCUGCACCAUUAACUCCUUUUGGGAUGCUGGGUGGCCUUGUUCCUGUGACUGUGCCCUUCCAGUUUCCCUUGGAGCUGCUUGGCUUUGGGACGGACACAGCUGGAGCGACAACCACCUCGGGAUCUACCUCAGCGGCUUUCCACCACAGCCUAACUCAGAACUUACUGAAGGGUUUACAGCCAGGUGCUCAGCAUGCAGCGACGCUGUCUCACUCACCUCUGCCUGCUCACUUGCAGCAAGCUUACACAGAUGGAGGCCAAAGUAAAGGGGACACUAAGUUACAGCGGAAAAACCAGUGACUUCUGGACAAGCAAGGGAGCUGAAGCAGUUCUGGUUGGCUGACAGAAUCUGCCCAGUUGGGAAAGUGCUUAUUGUCACAGGGCUGCUGUUUCUGUCGAUGUUUACAUAUUCUGAUCCUAAGCACUGUGGUGAGAGGAAGAAGAAAACUAAAACAAUACUUGAUCAAAGAGAGAAGGAAAAGGAGGACUGGUCCUCCUGGUCAUGCAGACUGGUCAUAGCUUGAUAUUGCCUAAAGAAACAACGUUUUUUAUCUGCUCUGAUUGGCUCUUAAAAGAAAUUGAUCGUCAAACCCACAGCAGCACCAACAUUUUUGUCUGGGUGAAGUCCAAUGAAAAGUGGAAACCAUGAGAGGAGCUAGAAUAGGUUUCUCCAUUCAUUGUGUAAGGUGGAAUCAUUCACUUCUUUAGUGCCCAGAGUGCCCAGGGUAAGAUUAUGUGUAGGUCCUGAGUGUAUUAAACGGUUGUGGACCAAAGGUUAUGUAGAAUAGAGGUGGUGCUGGGAUACUUUGCAUUAUAAUUAAACCUUUACACAAAUGCAGUUUUUGAUAAUGGGCAUUUUUCCAGAUUUACAAGGCUGUUUGGCUUAGGGAGCCUACAGGUGUAUGCAGUCUCAUUAGACAAUUGUCUUCAAAAACAGAUCUCCUGGUACAUCAAGAUGUGAGACACACGCUAUUUGUUUGAUUUUUUUUUUUUUUUUAAAGUACAAAAAUUCUUAUUUAAGGGAGGAAGGGGAUGGAAAAUUUUUCAUUACACGAAAAGGAAGCCCACAUUUGAUUGGUCAGACUAGCAUUUCUUUCCCACAUUAUAUUUUUAAAGGCAUGGUAAUGUUUCAGUCCUUCCAUUUGUUAAACUUUCUUUUACCUCUGCCACGUGCUUAUUUGCUACUGAAAUUGUUAUGUCCUAUUCAUGUCUUUCAUAAACAACAACCAGUUCUUUGCUGAUUCUCGAUCUUCAUUUUUCAUCUAACUCUUCCCAAAAGCCAUGCAUUAUACUGAUUUCCUAGUUAAAGAAACCUGAUUGUGACCUACUCCAGAGUCAGGUUAAUACUGCUUCAGGCAUUAGCCAAAGAGGAGUCGUUCAGAAGCGACCAGAGGUGCCUUCUCUUCUGGGGGCUUGAAUGGGUUGUCUCCAGCAUUUCCAGCCCCUGCUGGCCUGGGGAGUGUCUGACCUGAACUCUUUCUUACAUGGUAGCACAAGACUGCAAAGCUGGCUUUUUUUUUUUUCUUUGAUAGCAAUACAUCAACUGGUUGACGUGUAAGAUUAGAAAGUAUCCAGCACAUGUUGCACUUUCAACACUAGGACAGAACUUUGCUAUUGCAUCCCUUGCGCUGUCAGAUAAAAGGUGAGAAUGGCAAAAAGUUAAAUAAGUCAUUGGGGAAAGGAGCAAAUAAAGUAGUAGGAUGCCCUUCUCCUUCAGCCCUAAAACAACAUUCCUUUGACCAGAGAUGCUGAAAUUCCUAGUAAAUAGUUUUUCCAGUAGUUUGACCUGAGAUCGAACCAGAGACUACUGGUUAUCUCACACCUUUUAGAGCGACUUUGACCCAUGAAUAAUUAAUCUUCAGUGUUUUUUGCUAGAUUAUUUCGAGCUUGCAGGUUUCUUUUACAUGUGAUUUAUUUUUCUUAGAUCAGACAACAAUUUCUUUUCUAUUUAGAGCUCAUUUUAAUUUUAUAUAAAUAUAUAUACAUAAAUUUAAAAUAAUAUAUAUUGUGUAUUUAGUAUAAAAAUGUUGGGUUGAGCUCAGCAAUAAAUGUUUUUGCACAACACUUCUGUGAAAGACAGAUUGAAUUAAGAUGCAUUAGUUCAUUAAUUUCACUCCACAGCAUCUGCCAAUUAAAUGCUUUUUAGCUAGCGCUAAUGUUUUGUAUGUGGCGUGUUGAUUAGAUAAGCUUGCAUCUCCAUUGAGGUUAUUAAGAGUUGAAAUAUACAGCUGUGUAGACCCUGGCAUUCUUAAUACUGCACAAAUUCUCUCAAAAUACCAUGAACUAUUUAGAAUGCAAGCUUUAUCUGGUUUUUUUCCCUCUUUUCUCCAGGAAGGGUUGAAGGAAGACAACUUUUGUUUUUUGAGGCCCAAUGGUUCUGGCAGGAUGUUAAUUCUCUGAACUGUGUCAAACCUGACAAUUUUAACAUUGCAUGUAGCUAAGGGAGUUGUGGCAGUGAGCCACUGGGCAGCAAUAUAUUUAAAAGACCCUGUCCUAAGAGUUCUACCUCUUCUAUGUUUUCCUCAUCAAGGCAUCUCAUUCAAAUUGCCAUCUUUUGUCUUCAUACUUAAUGAAAUUUUAGACUGGGAGACUUGGAGCCCUUUAUAACUACAGCACAAAUUCCCUUUCAGUGUUCCUCUCUUCCUGGAAGUAUGCCUCAUCUUCAGUUGAAGAGCAUCCUCUCUAAAUCAUGAGGGUAGGAGCAGUGCUGCCUCUGUGUCCUACUGAGCUUCUCAGUCUUGGGAAACAAGUAAACUAGUACUUCUUGUGGAAAUAGUAGGAUGAUGAGAAUAAAGAUGACCAUAUGUUG